ACUAUAUAAAAGGGCACCGAACUGGUGGGCAAUGGGCAAAUUGAUCUGGACCGGGCAAGCUGAACCUAGUGUCAGAGCAGCAGUAGAUUGGCAACUAAGCUUCAAGGAAUAAGUGAAUAUUGUGUUUGGUUUAUAUCAGAAAUUGUGCUGUAAAAAGUGUGUCAAAAAGUGAAAAUGGGGUUUAAACGGACACUUCUGCUUACGAUGCUGACAACAUCAUCUUUCUUCCUGCAUGUGUCGGCAAGCUUCAUUUGCCCAAAGUAUGACACUUCACGACAGUUAUCUUCUCUAUACGCGAUGCCUCACAGCCAAACGGGCUACGUGACAUGUGUUGGAAGGAUCAAAAUCGCAGCCCACUGUCCCGAGGGAUCGGUGUGGAGUGAUGCAGUGAAAACAUGCGUUCGACAAUACUCCUCCUCGGGAGUUCAGGAGCGUACGAGACGAGAUACCGCAAUAGAAACAGUGACCACAUGUGCAACGGUUUGUCCGCAAGUGUUCGAUCCGCGGAAGCUUGUGCUUGUGGAGCAUAGUUCUUGUACGAAAUAUAAUCUGUGCGUUCUUGGGCUGAUGCUGACUGUAUCGUGCCCGAAUGAUUUGCGGUUCAAUAAGGAGCGGUGUGAAUGUGAUUUCAAGGAAAAGGUUUAUUGUGAAGGUGAAGAUCCCGCGACGACAACAGUGGAUUAUGCAUCAACCACCGAUGCGACGACAGUUUAUGAUUCAACAACAAAAGAUUCCACAACAGAAGAGUUUACCACUGAAGUCGCAACAUCCGAGUCAACGACAGAAGAUUCUACAACAGAAGAGUCUACCACUGAGGUGACAGUAUCCGAGUCCACGACAGAAGAUUCCACAACAGAAGAAUCUACUACUGAGGUCGCAACAUCCGAGUUAACGACAGAAGAGUCCACUACAGAAGAGUCUACCACUGAGGUGAUAGUAUCCGAGUCCACGACAGAAGAUUCUACAACUGAAGAAUCUACUACUGAAGCCGCAACAUCCGAGUCAACGACAGAAGAGUCUACUACAGAAGAGUCUACCACUGAGGUGACAGUAUCCGAGUCCACGACAGAAGAUUCUACAACUGAAGAAUCUACCACUGAAGCCGCAACAUCCGAGUCAACGACGGAGGAUUCUACAACUGAAGAAUCUACCACUGAAGUCGCAACAUCCGAGUCAACGACGGAGGAUUCUACAACUGAAGAGUCUACCACUGAGGUCGUAACAUCCGAGUCAACGACGGAGGAUUCUACAACAGAAGAGUCUAUCACUGAAGUUACAGUAUCCGAGUCCACGACAGAAGAUUCUACAACUGAAGAAUCUACCACUGAAGUCGCAACAUCCGAGUCGACGACAGAAGAUUCCACAACAGAAGAAUUUACCACUGAAGUCGCAACAUCCGAGUCAACGACAGAAGAGUCCACUACAGAAGAGUCUACAACUGAGGUGACAGUAUCCGAGGCAACUACGGAGGAUUCUACAACUGAAGAAUCUACCACUGAGGUCGCAACAUCCGAGUCGACGACCGAAGAGUCCACUACAGAAGAGUCUACCACUGAAGUUACAGUAUCCGAGUCUACGACGGAGGAUUCUACAACUGAAGAAUCUACUACUGAGGUCGCAACAUCCGAGUCAACGACAGAAGAGUCCACUACAGAAGAGUCUACCACUGAGGUCACAACAUCCGAGUCAACGACGGAGGAUUCGACAACAGAAGAGUCUACCACUGAAGUUACAGUAUCCGAGUCUACUACGGAGGAUUCUACAACUGAAGAGUCUACCACUGAGGUCGCAACAUCCGAGUCAACGACAGAAGAGUCUACUACAGAAGAGUCUACCACUGAGGUGACAGUAUCCGAGUCCACGACAGAAGAUUCUACAACUGAAAAAUCUACCACUGAAGCCGCAACAUCCGAGUCAACGACGGAGGAUUCUACAACAGAAGAGUCUACCACUGAAGUUACAGUAUCCGAGUCUACUACGGAGGAUUCUACAACUGAAGAAUCUACCACUGAAGUCGCAACAUCCGAGUCAACGACGGAGGAUUAUACAACUGAAGAGUCUACCACUGAGGUCGUAACAUCCGAGUCAACGACGGAGGAUUCUACAACAGAAGAGGCUACCACUGAAGUCGCAACAUCCGAGUCUACUACGGAGGAUUCUACAACUGAAGAAUCUACCACUGAAGUCGCAACAUCCGAGUCAACGACGGAGGAUUCUACAACAGAAGAGGCUACCACUGAGGUCGUAACAUCCGAGUCAACGACGGAGGAUUCUACAACAGAAGAGGCUACCACUGAAGUUACAGUAUCCGAGUCUACUACGGAGGAUUCUACAACUGAAGAAUCUACCACUGAAGUCGCAACAUCCGAGUCAACGACGGAGGAUUCUACAACUGAAGAGUCUACCACUGAGGUCGUAACAUCCGAGUCAACGACGGAGCAUUCUACAACAGAAGAGUCUACCACUGAGGUCGCAACAUCCGAGUCAACGACAGAAGAGUCCACUACAGAAGAAUCUACCACUGAAGUCGCAACAUCCGAGUCAACGACGGAGGAUUCUACAACUGAAGAAUCUACCACUGAGGUCGUAACAUCCGAGUCAACGACGGAGGAUUCUACAACAGAAGAGUCUAUCACUGAAGUUACAGUAUCCGAGUCCACGACAGAAGAUUCUACAACUGAAGAAUCUACCACUGAAGUCGCAACAUCCGAGUCAACGACAGAAGAUUCCACAACAGAAGAAAUAACCACUGAAGUCGCAACAUCCGAGUCAACGACAGAAGAGUCCACUACAGAAGAGUCUACAACUGAGGUGACAGUAUCCGAGGCAACUACGGAGGAUUCUACAACUGAAGAAUCUACCACUGAGGUCGUAACAUCCGAGUCAACGACGGAGGAUUCUACAACAGAAGAGUCUAUCACUGAAGUUACAGUAUCCGAGUCCACGACAGAAGAUUCUACAACAGAAGAGUCUACCACUGAGGUGACAGUAUCCGAGUCCACGACAGAAGAUUCUACAACUGAAGAAUCUACCACUGAAGUCGCAACAUCCGAGUCAACGACGGAGGAUUCUACAACUGAAGAGUCUACCACUGAGGUCGUAACAUCCGAGUCAACGACGGAGGAUUCUACAACAGAAGAGUCUAUCACUGAAGUUACAGUAUCCGAGUCCACGACAGAAGAUUCUACAACUGAAGAAUCUACCACUGAGGUCGCAACAUCCGAGUCGACGACCGAAGAGUCCACUACAGAAGAGUCUACCACUGAAGUUACAGUAUCCGAGUCUACGACGGAGGAUUCUACAACAGAAGAAUCUACUACUGAGGUCGCAACAUCCGAGUCAACGACAGAAGAGUCCACUACAGAAGAGUCUACCACUGAGGUCGUAACAUCCGAGUCAACGACGGAGGAUUCGACAACAGAAGAGUCUACCACUGAAGUUACAGUAUCCGAGUCUACUACGGAGGAUUCUACAACUGAAGAGUCUACCACUGAGGUCGUAACAUCCGAGUCAACGACGGAGGAUUCUACAACAGAAGAGCCUACCACUGAGGUCGCAACAUCCGAGUCAACGACAGAAGAGUCUACUACAGAAGAGUCUACCACUGAGGUGACAGUAUCCGAGUCCACGACAGAAGAUUCUACAACUGAAGAAUCUACCACUGAAGCCGCAACAUCCGAGUCAACGACGGAGGAUUCUACAACUGAAGAAUCUACCACUGAAGUCGCAACAUCCGAGUCAACGACGGAGGAUUCUACAACAGAAGAGUCUACCACUGAGGUCGCAACAUCCGAGUCAACGACGGAGGAUUCGACAACAGAAGAGUCCACCACUGAGGUGACAGUAUCCACUGCAUCUUCAACAUCUGAAGUGCCUACAUCCGAAUCAACAACGGAAGCGUCAACUCAAUCGAUAUCAUUAUCAACGAUUGAAGUAACACCAGAUGAAACGACGUCAAGUUCCUCCACAGAAACAACAACUGCUCUCCCAGUAUCUUCAAGUACGGAGAGAACGCCAGUGUCGGGUGCCGAAAUUGUUACAGGCAUUUCAAAAGCGUUUGAAAAAGUGUCGAGCAUUUUUGAAACAUUAGCCAAAAUCUUUGCAUCGGCCAUUAAGAGCAACUAGAAUGAUAGAAACAUGUUGUUGACUGAAUUGUAAAUUAUUUUUGUAUAUAACAUUGUAACAACUCGUUUGACUUAAAAUAAUAAACACACACAAGUAUUAAAUAAAAAAACACUCAAGCAAAAGCAAA